AUGCCCACUGCCCUCGCUCUAGCGGGCUUGAUCCUGGCUCUGUGCGUCGCGAGAGCCAGGCCCGAGUCGGCCGAGCUGAGGUUCCUGGGACAGACGGAGUUCGUGGUGAACGAGAGCAGCCGCACCGUGGUCCGACUGGUGGUGGAGAGGGUCGGCAACCCCGUCAAUGUGACCGCGCUCGUCCUGUUGGAAGGGGAGGACACGGGGGACUUCGAGGCCACCACUGCCGCAGCCUUCCUCUCGUCCUCGGAGGCCAGCAAGACCAUCUACAUCGCCGUGAGGGACGAUGACCUACCCGAGGCCGACGAGACCUUCGUGUUCAGUCUGAGGCUCCAGAGCUCCUCCAAUGGCGUCAGGCUGGGAAGUCCGAACAAAGCGUCCAUCACCAUCCUGUCCAACGACAACGCCUUUGGAAUCAUCGGCUUCAACUCGACUGAGCAGAUCGUUGUGGAGGAACCCAGAGGGAGGAACCAGUAUGUUCCUCUGAGUCUGAUCAGAGAGAGAGGAACCUAUGGAACGGUGACCGUGAACUUUGAGAUCUCUGGAGGUCCUAACCCGGCCAUCGAAGACCUCAGCCCAGACAGGGGCAACAUCACCAUCCCCCCCGGACGAGCUUUGGUGGUCUUUAGCAUCCUCAUCCAGGAUGACCAGAUCCCCGAGGACGACGAGGUCUUCUCCGUCAGACUGACGGGCGUGGAGGGCGGGGCCCUCCUCAACCCCAACGCCAGCCUGGUCCGGCUGAAGAUCCGCCGCAACGACAGCCCCCUCCGCUUCUCCCUCCCCCUGCUGGUCGUCCCCGAGUCGGCCGGCGUGCUCUCCCUCACCGUGACCCGCGGCCGGCUGGCCGAGGGCGCCGCCGCCGCCCCGGUGGGCUCGGACGACGGCGAGGUGCGGGUGGACUACGCGGUGGUGAGCGGCGAGGGGCCGGGGAGCGCCACGCCGGGGCGGGACUUUGUGGACCUGCAGGCCAACCGCACCGUCCGGUUCCCGCCGCGGGUCUACGAGGCGCGGCUGCUCUUCAACGUGACGGACGACGCCGUGCCCGAGAUCGCCGAGUCCUUCCAGGUGGUUCUCCUGGAGGAGACGGUGCGGGGCGACGCCGUGUUGGUCGCGCCCCACGCCCUGCUGGUCACCAUCGAGCCCAACGACAAGCCCCACGGGGUCCUGUCCAUCAGCACCAGUCCACUCUCUCAGCCAAUCACCAUCGACGAAGAUGCGACGCAUAGGUUCGAGGGCAUCUCCAUCGUGCGCAACGGCGGCAACUACGGCGCCGUCUCCGUCAACUGGACCAUUUCCCGCAACGCCAGCGGGCGUUCGCCCGUGUCCGACGACCUGCGGCCGGCGGCGGGCACCCUGCGCUUCGCGGCGGGCCAGGUCAGCGCCGUCCUGUCCCUGGACAUCACGUCCGACCUGCUGCCGGAGGAGGCGGAGGCCUUCGUCCUCAGGCUGCUGCCCGCCACGGUGACGGGCGGGGCCGAGGUGGACGAGCCCAUGGAGUUGCUGUUCUACAUCCAGGACAGCGACGACGUCUACGGGACGUUCCGCUUCCACCCGGGGGAGGAGCAGAGCAUCCAGAGCCAGCCGCAGGGCCGCUUCCUGUCCCUCAGCUUCCUGCGGGAGGGGGGCGCGCUGGGGGAGGUGUCCCUGGGCCUCGGCGCCCUCUACCUCCCCGCGGGGGCCACGGACCCGGCCCUGGCCCGGGACGGCAUCCUGAACGGGAGCCGCACCGGCAGCCUGCUGUUCUCCAGCGGGCAGACGAGAGCCGGGCUCACCCUGCCCAUCCGCAACGACGCCUUCCUCCAGAACGGAGCCCACUUCCUCAUUCAGUUGAACAGCGUGGAGCUGGUCAACCUCAGCCCCCCCGUCCCCCCUGUCAGCCCCCGCUUCGGGGGCUCCCUGAACCUCACCCUCACGGUCACCCCCGACAUCGCCAACGGGGAGAUCGGCUUCACCGGCAACGCCACCGUGGUGGUGUACGAGCCCGAGGACGGCAACGCUAGCACGCUCACUCUCCCCCUUCGCCGCGACGGGACUGAUGGGAAGGCGGAGGUCUUCUGGAGCCUGCGGCCAACGGGGGGAAACAAGGCGGACGUCACCCCCGGCGACCUGAAUCCCUUCAGCGGCUCGGUGGUCUUCCUGUCGGGUAAAAGUGACGCGUCCAUCAGUGUCACCGUCAUGGCCGACGACAUCCCAGAGGUCAACGAGACCCUCCUACUCACCCUUGACAGGACUAACGUCGAGAACCAGAUCCUGAAGGCAGGCUUCACCAGCAGAGAGAUCGUCAUCGUCGAGAACGACGACCCGGGCGGAGUGUUUGAAUUCUCCCCUCCCUCCAGAGGACCGUGGGUCAUCAACGAAGGCGAGGCGGUGGAGCUGCGAGUGCUGCGCGCCCAGGGCCAGCUCCUCAAGCAGCUGGUGCGCUACGCCCUCGUGCCCCCGGGCGGCGGACAGUUCUACGGCGACACGGGCAUCCUGGAGUUCAAGCCGGGGGAGAGGGAGGUGGUGGUGGCGCUGGUGGCCCGCCCCGACGGGGUGCCCGAGCUGGAUGAGACCUAUUCAGUGGUGCUCAGCAGCCACAGCACUCCACCCAGUCGCCUUGGCAACCACCGUGAGGUCAACAUCACAGUGAGGCAGAACGACGAGCCGUUUGGCGUCGUCGAGUUCCUCAGCCAGGGUCUGUCCCAGUCCGUUAACGAGAGCAAAGGAAACAGGACCCACUCAGCGGUCUAUCCUGUGGUGAGGAACAGAGGUCGGUUCGGGAAGGUGACUGUGUCCUGGGUCCUAGAGCCUGCCAGGUCUGGGGACGUCAGCCCCGUUCAGGGAUACGUGGUGUUUGAUGAGGGGGAGUUCCUGAAAAACCUCACCCUCGUGUCUGUACCUGACGAGAUCCCAGAGGAGGUGGAGAACUUCACCGUGACGCUGCUGAACGUGACGGGAGGAGCCAGACUGGGGAACGCUCUCAACGCCAGCCUGUGGAUAAACAGAAACGACGACCCCAUCUUCUUCUCAGAUCCCGUUGUCGUCCGGGUGAAGGAAGGGGGCGUGGCCAACUUUACUGUCCUGAGGGCUGGGCCGGCGGACUUCGUUGCCACGGUGACGUACCGCGUGGAGUAUGGCGACGCGACGGCCGGCGACUUGGUCGCCCCGAGCAACGACUCGUUGGUGUUCGAUGUCGGGGAGAGGAUGAGGAACGUGUCGGUGGAGGUGCAGGACGACAACAUACCCGAGACGGAUGAGGCCUUCUACCUCAUCCUCUCCAACGCCACAGGUGAUGCUGUUGUGUACGGAGCUGACACCGCAACAGUUAUAAUUGAAGCCAACGAUGAUGCUAACGGAAUAUUCUCUCUGGAAUCCAUGGAAAAACCUGUCGAAGAAGGAAAAACAAACAACUUCUACAUCGUCAGAGACCGCGGCCAUUUCGGCGAGGUCAGGGUGUUCUGGCGUCUUUUCGUCAACGACUCGACGGCUCUGGCGGAAGGCCAGGAGUUCACCAACACGUCUGGCUUCGUCACCUUCACGACGGGACAGAACACCAAGCCCAUCGUGCUGCAGGCCAUUGCAGAUGGACUCCCCGAGUUCAACGAGUUUUACACCCUCAGACUUGUCAACAUCUCGGGCGGCUAUCCAGGAGAAGGCGGCCGAUUGGCCGAGGCAUCCCUCAACGCUUCCGUCGUCAUCCCCUUCAACGACGACCCUUUCGGCGUCUUCGCCAUCGCCGCGGACAACCUGGACCAGGAAGUGGCCGAAGACGUCCUGUCGGCGGACGACAUGUCCGAUGUCACUUCCUUCACCGUCCUGCGCCAGCAGGGCACCUUUGGCGAGGUGCGGGUCGCCUGGGAGAUCGUCUCCGGCCGCUUCCCCGAGGGCCUCCCGCCCAUGGAGGACCUCCUCCUCUCUGCCUCCUUCCCCCAGGAGGUGGAGCUGAGGCCCCACGCCAGGAGGCCCCACGCAGGCACCGACGCCUGGUUCUUCUCCGGCCUCCGGGGGGCCUACGGCACCAUCGGCCCGGAGGACUCGCCCUCCGGCCUGGGGAACUUCACCGUCUCCGCCUGGCUGGUUCCCAGGCCGGACACAGACGGCUUCAUCUUCUCCAAAGGCACCGGGAACGGAAGUCUGUACUACGGGGUGAAGGUACACACCAACGAGUCCCACGUGAGCGUCAUGCUGUACUACACAGCCCUGGGCUCCAACAGCACCCAGGUAGCCCGAGCCACAGCGCAGAGGUUCGCGGAGGACAACGUGUGGUUAAACGUCAUCAUCACCGUGGACGACGGGAUUAUAGAGUUCUUCCUGGACGGCAGCCCCAUGCCCGGAGGGGUAAAAAGUCUCAAAGGAGAGGCCAUUGAUGAUGGCCCAGCCCCGGUGCGUAUCGGCUCUGACCCGGCGGGCGGGCACCUCUACACGGGCCUCCUGCAGGACGUCCGCCUGUACCACGCCAGCCUGGACCGCGGCCAGAUCCACGAGCUCCACGCCCAGCCGGCCAAGGCCGACCUGCGCAACGUGUCGGGCUACCUGCAGUACCGGCCCGGGGAGCGGAGCAAGGCCUUCGUGGUGGAGGCGCGGGACGACCAGGAGGAGGAGGGCGAGGAGGUCUUCCACCUGCAGCUGGUGGCCUCCCGCGGGGGGGCCCGCCUGCCCCUGCCCCGCCCCGCCGCCACGCUGCGCGUCGCCAAGAGCGACAACGCCAACGGCUUCUUCGGGUUCACCGGCGCGUGCAUACCUGACAUAACAGACGAAGGCUCCACCAUCUCCUGUGUAAUCGAGCGCACUCGCGGGGCCCUGGACGACGUCUACGUCAACUACACAGUGACUCAGCUGAACCCGGACAGCGGCUCUCCUUCUCUCCAGGACUUCUUCAACGCCAGCGACGCCGUGCACUUCCUGCCCGGGCAGCGCUCCGAGGUGCUAAACCUGCUGGUUCUGGACGACGACCUCCCAGAACUGUCCGAGUCCUUCCAGGUCAGGCUGGCCUCGGCCCGGUCGGGUGACGGCAGGCCAGGCUCGACGCCCACCAGCGGCGCCAGCAUCGACCCGGACAACGCCGUCACCAAAGUGACCGUGAGGGCCAGCGACCACCCCUACGGCAUGCUCCAGUUCCAGCCCAGCCCUCCAGGGGAGGGCGUGAUACGGCCGGCGCUGGUCCCGGCUCACGUCACGGUGAACGAGGAGGACGGCGUGGUCCGCCUGCUGGUUGCCCGAGCGCAAGGCCUCCUGGGAAGGGUCACGGUGGCCUACAGGACGUCCCCGUACACCGCCGUCAGCCCCGAGGACUACAUGGAUGCAGAGGGAAUGCUGGACUUCCAGCCAGGAGAGAGGUUAAAGAACAUCAGCGUAACCAUCGUGGACAACCCUGUCCCCGAACUGGACAAGCAGUUCAGACUGGAGCUCUACAACCCAGAUGGAGGAGUGGAUCAUUUCCUGCACAGUGAAGGCAGUGGCAGUGGGGAGAGUGAUACAGACUUCCUCCUCCCUCCCUCUCUCCACCGUGCCAGUCUGGGCGCAGGUUCCCGCAUCACCGUGACGAUCGCCGCCUCCGACGACGCCCACGGGGUGUUCCAGUUCAGCGAGGACUCGCUGGCGGUCACCGGCUCGGAGCCGAAGGAAGGAAGCAGCUCUGUGAUCCUGAAGGUGGUUCGGUCAUUCGGCGCCCUGUCCAACGUGACUGUGUACUGGGAGGCUGAUCCGAGCUCAGAGGGGGUCCUGGUUAGCGGGGCUGGGAACGUCACCUUGGUGGUGGGUCAGACCCAGGGGAACAUCACGCUCCAGGUGGCCCAGGACGAGGCGCCCGAGCUGGACCGAAGCUUCCGAGUGUCCCUGCUCGGCGUCUCCCACGGUCGUCUGGGUGUUCUCACGGAAGCCAAUCUGACCGUGCUGGCGAGCGACGACCCGUACGGCGUUUUCGUGUUCUCGAACGUGUCCAGGCCGGUGAGCCUUCCCGAGGGCGACACCCCCGUCACCCUGUUCCUCCUCCGGCAGAAGGGGCUCAUGGGAAAGGUGCGCGUGACCUACAGGACCCUGACCGAGGUGGACCCGGCCCCCUUCCAAACCCCGGGGGUGGGCAGGGCCACUGAGAGGCGGGACUUCAUCCCCCUCCUGGAUGGGGUGGUGUUCUCGGCCAAUCAGAGCGAGGCCAACAUCACCCUUCAGGUGUUGGAUGACGAGGACCCAGAGAGGGAUGAGUCCAUAUUCGUGGAGAUAGUCAGCGUUCAACUUGUCGAGGGAGAGCAGAAGAGACCAAUUCCCGAGUCCCCUCGGCCGGGACCCAGGACGGCCUCGGUGGCCCAGGUCAUCGUGAGGGCCAGCGACGACGCCUUCGGGGUCCUGCAGCUGUCCGCCUCGGCCGUCAGCGUGGAGGAGGACUACGUGGGGCCCAUCAUCAACGUGACGCGCGUCGGGGGCAUAUUCGCAGACGUGUCCGUCAAGUUUAUCGCGGUACCGGUGACGGCCAGAGCCGGGGACGACUACAGCGUGGCCUCGUCGGACGUGGUGCUGCUGGAGGGGGAGUCCAGUAAGUCGGUCCCCAUCUACAUCAUCAACGACCAGGUCCCCGAGCUGGAGGAGAUCUUCCGCAUCGAGCUGCUCAACCAGACCACCGGGGGCGCUCUCCUGGGGGAGCGCACCCGCACCGUCAUCACCAUCCGGCCGUCCGACGACCCCUUUGGAUCCUUCGUCUUCCAGGCUGCUCCAGUGACCAUAGAGGAGCCAGGGUCGAACUCCGUGGAGGUCAGGCUGCCUAUAGUCAGGAAAGCGGGGACCAUAGGCACGGUGUUUGUCCAGUGGCAGGCCACGGUAAACGGCCGGCCAGCCGUGGGGGACAUCCAACCCGUGUCCGGAGAGGUCAGCUUCGCCCCCGGAGACACCAUGAAGACUUUAAAAGUGGAGGUCUUGGCCGACGACGUACCAGAGAUAGAGGAAAUCAUCAAGGUGGAAUUGUCCAGCGCCUCUAAUGGAGGGAGUAUAGGGGCGGAGAGGUCUGUUGACAUUCUGGUCCCAGCCAAUGACAACCCCUACGGAACCUUCUUCUUUGACCAGUCUGUUUACAGUGUUCAGGAGCCUCUGGAAGGAGUUCAGAUAGCCAACAUCACAGUCCGGAGGAGUGGGGGUCACUUUGGCCGAGUGGCCGUCCUGUACAGCACCUCCGAGGUUGACAUAGUGGGUAAGGCUCAGAGCGAGGGUCAAAACCUGCUCCUGUACUACGCCCCGCCAGCCCCUGGCCUCCCCUCUAGCGCCCCCCGCAGGACAGUCAACAUCACCUCCCAGGGUGAGCCCCUGAUGGCCUGCGCCGCGGCCUGCCUGAGAGAGCCCGCCUGCCUGGCCUUCUCCCUGGCCGCGCCGGCGUCCGCGCCCCCCCUCUGCUCCUGGGUGACCUCCGGAGCCGAGCAGCUGACCCCCGAGCCCGGGACGCUCACCUACGUCAAGAACGCCACCGCCGCCGCCGUGCUCUUCAGCGCCCGGGCGGUGGCGGGCAGCGACUACGCCAGCGCGACCGCCCAGACCGCCUUCGCGGACGACGGCUCGGGCGUGGCCAACCUGACCGUGGCCAUCCUGACCGACAAGCUUCCGGAAGCGGACGAGAGCUUCUCCAUCCGGAUCCUGGGGGUGGAGCUGGUCAACGCGUCGGCGCAGCCCCGGAACCUGCCGUCUGUGGGGCAGCCCGACCGCGCGCUGGUGACCAUAGGGAUGAACGGCGACGCCUUCGGGGUGUUCCUGAUCUACAGCCUCAGCCCCAACGCCACGGAGAGGGGGCUGUACUUGGAGGUGAGGGAGGAGCCGGGUGUCACGGUGGCCCUGGUCAUCGAGAGGCGAGGGGGCAGCCUGGGUCAGGUGACCAUAGAGUGGAGGUUCGUGGGAGGCAUGGCCACGCCCGAUGCUGACUUCACCGGCACGGGAGGAACACUCACUUUCAGAGAAGGGGACCUGAAGAAAACGAUCGAGAUAGCCAUCGUGGACGACAGCGUGCCGGAGGACAGCGAGACCCUGAAGAUCGGCCUGGUGAGGACGACGGGCGGAAGCAGGAUCCUUCCCAGCUCCGACACGGUCACCGUCCUGGUCCUCGCCAACGACAACGUGGCCGGCGUGGUGGGCUUCCACCCCGCCUCGCGCGCCCUCGUCGCCAGGGAGGGAGAGAGGCUGUCCCUGCUGGUGGGCAGGACCCCCCCGGGGCUGGGGAACGUCACGGUGGACUGGGCCGUCCGGGGCCCCCUGGUGGCCAGAACCUUCACCAGCACCUCAGGGAGCCUGUUUUUCACCCAGGGCAAACUGAACGACAGCAUCGUGCUUCAGCUGUUGGAUGAUGCAACGCCAGAGAACAAAGACGAAUACAGAGUAGUUCUGUCGAACAUCCGUACCUUUGGUGUUCUGGUGACGGGUCACGCCGCACUGGACGUCCGGGGUCGCGAGGCGGUUGUUACCGUGGAGACCAGUGACGCUCCCUAUGGGAUGCUUAGCAUCGCGCCGUCUUCUCGCAGCGUCGCCACGGCGGAGCGCGACGGCACCGUUCAAAUCUACGUGAACCGGGAGUUUGGCUCCUCUGGAGCGGUGAACAUCAGCUAUGAGACCGUGCGGGGGGCUCUCCAGGACCUGGCCAGCGCGGAGGGGGGCCUGGCCGAGCCCGGUCUGGACUUCCUGUCGGCCUCCGGCACGGUCAUCAUGCAGGACGGACAGACCUCCGUAGCCAUCACCGUCACCAUCCUGGACGACGACAUCCCCGAGUUGCAGGAGUUCUUCCUGGUCAACGUCACGUCCGCGGUGCUGAUCACGACCCUCGCCACUGCUCCCAGCCUGGACACGCAGGGGCUCGUCGCGGAGGUCAGCAUCGGCGCCAACGACGGCAUCCGAGGUGUCAUCGAGUGGACGAACACGAUGUCGGAGGUGAACGAGUCGUCCGGGCUGCUGACCCUGGUGGCCUUCAGGAACAAGGGGACGUACGGAAACGUCUCGCUCAUCUUCUACGCUCAGAACCUGGAGGCCCAGCAAGGCCUGGACUACAACGCCACCCAGACCAUGCUCCACUUUGUGAAUGGGGAGAGGUAUAAGUUUGUGGAGGUGCAGAUCAUUGAUGAUGUCAUACCAGAAGGAGCUGAGAGGUUUCAGCUCAUCCUGGCUAACCCCUCAUCUGGCCUGGAGCUUGGAGCCAACACCACAGCGACGGUGACCAUCGUGGCCAGCGACGACGGGCACGGGGUCAUUUCCUUUAACGGCAGCCAGCACUUCCUGUUGCGGGAGCCCACGUCCGUGUCGGGGCUCGGAGAGAGUGUCGCAACCCUGUACGUCGUUCGAAACCCGGAAGAGGGCACCUUCGGCACGGUCAGCGUCCAGUUCACCAUCACCGACGGCAACGGCACCCUGGCAGAGGGCGACCUCAGCCCCUCCCACGGGUUCGUGGUGCUAGAGGACGGGGUCAGGUUCCAGACUCUGGAGAUCUGGGCGGUGCUAGACGCAGAACCGGAGGCGAACGAGACCUUCACUGUCAGCCUGUCCAGUCCGACAGGAGGAGCCCGCCUGGGCAGCAACCUCCACAUGUCCAUCACCGUCCUCCAGAACCUGGCUCCUUCUGGACUCUUCCGCAUAGGCCCUACACUCAACAGGACUGACACGACCGUGGUGGUGGAGGAGGGCAGCAGGGCCGUGUUCCUGACCGUGUCUCGGAGUAACGGGCUGGAGACGGCCGUCAGUGUGGAAUGGGAGACGGUGUCGGAGAAGGCCAUGGGAAUGGGGGGUAAUCUCCCCGUCAUGGGGGUGUACCAGACCUUUGAGGAGACCCCCACGUCGGCCUGGUGCUCCCUGCCUGAUAGUGCCUCGUCCCUGGCCAUGAGGCUGGACAGAGUCCCCUCUGUGGGCUCCACCCAGACCCUGGCUACACUGUACAGAUGGCAGGGAGUGUUUGUGCCUGUAGAGUCUGUGAGGAUCCAGGACCCGAGCGCGUGUGCGGGCUUCACCGUGAACGACACCACCUACAUAGCCGUCACCCACAGAGGACCCCCCAGCGCCCCUGCCACCAACCUCAGUGUGUUCCGACUGCAGAGGGACCUGAACCUCACGCUGGAGCAAACCUUGGCUGUGGAAGCACUUGAUGUGAAACAAUUUACCAUCGCAGGAAGAGACUACUUAAUAGCAUCUAGUCAGGUCUUCGUAAGGUCUGGAGGAAUGUUCUCCCUUCACCACAGCCUGGACUUCCAGGGCCUCGUCGCUGUGUUCCCCUUCUCCAGGGGAAACAGCUUCUACCUGGCAGCCUGCCUGGACAGGCCGACGGACGGCUGCCUCCUGCUCCUCUGGACAAACGGACGCUUCCUGAACCCUCGGCCCCUCCCCUUCGCCGGCAGGGCCAAUCAGGUCGAAGCCUUCAACAUGGGCGCAGACGUCCUCCUCUUGGUCGUCACUCAAGGCCCCUCACCGUCCUGUGAGGUGUUUGUGUGGGGUCCCCAGCAACCUGCUCCCCAGUUCUCACAGUCUAUCCCCCACCCUGGCCUGGUUUCGGCCCACCCCUUCCACCCUCUCUCAGGGACCACCCAGCUCCUCCUAGCUGGCGGGAAUGUGUCGUCGCUGUACUCCUGGAGGUCAGAUGUCAGGCUGUUCUCCUUGGUGCUGAGGUCUCCUCCGGCCAGGCACUUCCUGUCCCUGCCUGUCUCCUAUGGCAACGCCACCAAGACCCUCAUCGCCGCCUCAGAGGAGACAGGCUCCACCAUAUACGAGUUCACCUCUGUCUCCAACCAGUCUGACUUCAUCCCCAGCUACGGCGAGUUGCGUUUCGCUCCUGGCGACAGCGAGCUGGAGAUUGCCGUCAACGUCAUCGAUGAUGACAUUCCAGAGGAGGCGGAGCACUUCCGGGUGAGGCUGAAGAACCCCAAGGGCGGGGCUGAGAUCGGCUUCGGGGGUCAGGUGACAGUGGUCAUCCCAACCAAUGACGACGCCUAUGGAGUCAUAGGCUUUGCUCAGAGCUCUCUGUCACUGGAGGUGGAGGAGCUGGAGCAGAACAACCCCAUCGUCCUGAGGGUGGAGAGGAGGCGGGGGACGUUCGGCCGGCUGACGGUCCACUGGGCCGCCAACGGCAGUCUGGAGGACAUCUUCCCCACCUCUGGAGUGGUGAUAUUUUCGGAAGGCCAGAUGGUGUCCGCCAUCUCUCUGGCGGUCAUAGCUGACAGCCUGGCAGAGCUGAGGGAGAGGGUCACCAUCUCCCUUAUGGGGGCCACCACUCUAGGGUUGGCGGACCCAGUGAAGGGGGCUGUGAUCGACCCCCAGCGGGCACAUUCCCUCCUGACCAUCCUGCCCAACGGCUCCCCCUACGGGGUGGUCGGCUGGCACCUGGACUCCCAGUUCCUCCUCGCUCAGGAACCACAGGGGAGUCCCGCCAACGUCACCCUGACCAUCGUGCGGGAGCAGGGUUCGACGGGGGCGGUCGCCGUCUUCUACCAGACCAAGCCGGCCUUGUCCCAGCCCGCCGCCAACCAGGCCGCGGCGGGGCAGGACUACGCGGCCAAGGACGGCACCGUCGUCAUGGCGGAGGGCACCCCCGUGGUCCUGGUGACCAUCGCCAUCUUAGCGGACGAUGUCCCAGAGCUGGCUGAGACUUUCCUGGUCAACAUCACGAGGGUGGAGCUGGUGGGGGGGUCGAUGGGCGGGGGCCAGCCCAGCCUCAAGAGGCCUGGCAUGGAGGUGGCAGAGGUCACCAUCCAGGAGAACGACGACCCCCGGGGGGUCCUGCAGUUUAACGUGUCACAGGACGUGUCGGGGCCAGUGUUAGCCUAUGAGAUGCCUCCACCCGGGAAUCUCCUCCACCUGCCUGUGGUGCGAUUGGCUGGCAGUACAGGAAGAGUGGUGGUGUACUGGGAGGCUCUGCCGAUCACUGCAAGCCCGGACGACUUCAGCCCCAUUUCUGGGAAUCUAACCUUUCAAGUUGGGCAGGAGCAAGCUGUGAUUGACAUCACCAUCGUUGAUGACACCGAGGCGGAAACCGGCGAGUCCUUCAGCGUCACCCUGACGCGUGUGAUUGGUGGAGCCAGACUGGGGGAGGUCACCUCCGUGACGGUCAACAUUCCGCCUAACGACUCGCCGCUUGGAAGCUUCGGAUUUGAGCGCCAGCAGUUCACCGUCAGCGAGCCCGAUUUUGCCAACGACCCGGCCUCCACGGCGACCCUAGCGGUGGUGCGCAGCGCGGGGGGCAGCGGAGCGGUGACUCUGGUGUGGCGUCUGGAGAACGCCGCCAGGGACGACCUUUCACCUCUCAACGGAACGCUGGCCUUCAACGAGGUGGACUCCAGGCAGACGCUGGUCGUCCGAGCGCUGGCUGACGCUGUCCUGGAGGGGGAGGAGAGCUUCACCGUACAGCUCCUGGCUGUCGCCAGCGAUGCAGUCAUUCACCCCGUCAACGGUAAGGCCACCGUAACCAUCCGGGGGGACCGGGCAGCUCUGGGGACUGUUGGGAUAGCAGAGUCCUCCAGGAACAUCCUCAUUGGAGAACCACAGGGAGCUUACAACGGAACCGCCAUAGUCAGCCUGGUACGAGGCCCGGGGAUCUUCGGAGAGAUCCAGAUUUACUGGAACAUCACUCCAGCCGCGUCCUCGGAGUUUGAGGAGACGUCGGGCCUGGUGACCAUGAGAGACAGGCAGUCUGCUGCCACCAUCCUUCUCAAGGCUCUGGAUGAUGAUAUCCCGGAGGUGCGGCGGGUGUACCAGCUGACCCUGACCUCUGCCACGCCCGGCGCCGACAUCAGCCCCCUCGCCCGGCAGGCCACCGUCACCAUGGCAGCCAGCGACCUCCCCCACGGUCUCUUCUCCCUCCCCCCGGGUCAGCUGAGCGUGUCCGAGGAGGACGGCAUGGUGAACGUGACAGUGCUUCGCUCCAACGGCCUGCUGGGCAACGUGUGGGUGACCUAUCAGACGACGGGAGGUGGGGCGGUCAGCGGGGUGGAUUUCACCCCGGCGUCCGGGCGGCUGAUGUUCGGACCGGGCCAGGCCUCUGGUCACGUGACGCUCGGCGUCCACGACGACAGCCUUCCCGAAGCACCUGAGGAGUUUUACUUCAACAUCACCGCGGUGGAGCUCCUCAACGACAGCGUGGUGGACUACACGGUGAGGGAGCACGGCCUGCGGCUCGACCAGCCCCCCGCGCUAGGGGACGCCUCCUCGGUCACGGUGGUCAUACGGAAGAACGACGACGCGGAAGGCGUCCUCGAGUUCCAUCCCUCCUACGUCAACAUCACAGUGGAGGAAGAUGUGGGGCUCGUGUCCGUCCCUGUGGUGAGGAGGGCGGGGACUUACGGCAGCGUCUCGGCCGACUUCGUCUCCAGUGGGCUGAGCGCCACCCCCGGCCUGGACUACAGCCUCGCCAACGGCUCGGUCAGCUUCCAGCAGGGCCAGAACCUCUCGCACAUCAACAUCUCCAUCCUGGACGACCUGGACAGAGAGUACGCCGAGGUGUUUGAGGUCCAGCUCACCGGCGCCACCGGCGGAGCCGUCUUGGGCGCGUACCUGGUCGCCAGGGUAACCAUCGCCAAGAGCGACUCCCCCAACGGCGUGGUGCGCUUCCUGAACGCGAGCACGGUCACGCUGGCGAACCCCAACGCCACCCUGCGCCUCAGCCUCGCCCUGGAGAGGGCGGGGGGGCUGGUUGGAAAUGCCUCGGUCCAGUGGUACAUUCUGGGGCCCAACUCCCGGGAGAUCCUAGCGGCCGGCAACACAGACAUCGCCGGACCCGUCAAUGGAUCGUUCCACUUCCGAGACGGGCAGGGGGGUGUCCACACCAUCGACCUGAGCAUCCUGCCCCACGGCGAGGUGGAGGUGGAGGAGAGGUUUGUGGUGGAGCUCCGAAUCCUAUCGGGAGACAUGGACAUCGACCCCCGUGCUGGUUCUGUCACGCUUAAAAUUGAGAAGUUCGGGGACCCCAACGGGAUAGUCCAGUUUGCCGAGGCCGAUCUGAGGGAGAGGGUCUACGACGAGCCCACAGACUCACCCCUCAACAUCUCCCUGCUGGUCACACGCAGGGAGGGGGUCAUGGGCAACGUCACGGUCCACUGGCAGAUCCUGGGUUCAGGGGAGGUGGCUGGGGACUUCCUGUCUGUGCGUGGCUCUGUGGUGCUCCUGGAGGGCCUCCGGGGGGCCCAGCUGCUCCUCUCCCUGCUGCCCGACGACGUCCCCGAGCUGGAGGAAGUCUACACCGUCCGGCUGACCGCCGUGGAAGGCGGGGCCACCCUGGACGCCAACCGCACCGGCAUCCGCCUCAGGGUGCGCGCCAACGACGAGCCCCACGGGGUGUUUGCCCUGGAGGCCGGGGGCCAGGCGGUGCGGGUGGAGGUGAAGGGGUCGGAGGUCAGCCGGGCCCUGGUGCUGAACGUGACGCGGCAGGCGGGGGCGUUCGGGAACGCCAGCGUGGCCUACCGGGUCGGCGGGGCGGGGCCGGAGGCGCAGGGGCUGCUGGGAGAGAGGGCGGUGGGGAGGGUGCUGGUGAGGGAGGGAGAGACGUACACCGCCGUCUCUCUGCCAAUCAGCAGUCAGGUGUUUCUGUCUGCGGGCGCGAACAUCACUGUGGAGCUCACCAACGUCACCCUGGUCAGCCCUCUCCUCGCCUCCCCGCCCCGCCUUCUCCCAGAGUCACAGGUCACCGUGGUUACCGUUCCAGAGGAGGCGGCCAGCUCUGAGGUGGGCUUCUCUUCGCUGGCCCUGCAGGUCUCCAGUCUGGAGACGGGGGCGUGCGAGGCGCGGGUCACCAGGAGAGGGUUGUUUGGGGGGGUCAGGGUGGAGUGGAGCGCAGGGUACCCCCCCGGACAGGCUCUGUCAGGGUUUAGACCCGGAGUCAUCUUGCCUGGCUCAGGCUCGCUCGCCCUGGCCCACGGUGAGAGGAGUAGGACGGUGUCCCUCACAGCCGCGCCCGACGCUUCAGAGCCCGCCAGCUACGCUGUCCACCUCACCUCAGCUAGCGGCAGCUCGGCUAACGGCAGCUCGGCUAACGCCGUCAGACUCAGGCCAGGGUACACGGUGGCUGAGGUAGAGCCUUUGGGCGUGUACCAGUUCUCCCCAGAGUCCCGCCAGCUGGUCAUCGAGGAAGACAUCCAGACCAUCACCCUCUACGUCCAGCGCCUCUACGGUUUCCGCAGCAACCGCACCCGGCUGACCUACGAGACGACGGCGGGCAGCGCGGCGCCGGCGGAGGACUUUGUGUCCGUGCGAGACGGCGAGGUGUUCUUCGACUCACCACGCCAGACCAACGCGUCCCUACGCCUGUCCGUGAUCGACGACGCCCUCUCCGAACCGGACGAGAGCUUCUUCGUGAACCUGACCAGCGUCCAGGCAUCGGCCUCCUACCCCCCCUCCCCGGACGCCCGGCCCCGCCUCGCCCCCCGGAACAGCGUCGCUAAGGUAACCAUCCUGGCCAGUGAUGUCACCGGGGGAGUUCUUAGCAUCGGGCCGGCCCUGGUUCAGACGAGCGAGGACAGGGAGGAGGGGGCGGAGCAGGAGAAGAGGGUGCUUCUGAGGGUGCGGAGGUCCGACAGCCUGGUGGGACCCGUCAGGGUGAGGGUGCAGGCCUACGGGGGCGGCAGCUCGGGGGCCUCGCCGCUCCCCUUCAACGGGACCCUGGCCCUGGAGGGGCAGGACUUCAGGCUGGAGUCCGGCCUGGUGUCCCUGCAGGAGGGCCAAGUUGAAGCCCUGGUGUCCCUGCUCAUCCUGGACGACUCGGAGCCCGAGGGGCAGGAAGUGUUCUUCGUCUACCUCAGCGACCCCGAGGGCGGGGCCCAGAUCGCGGAGGGACCCGACCCGCUGGGCUUCAGCUCCUUCGCCAAAAUUGUCAUCAUAGGGAGUGAUUUCCAUAACGGGAUCGUGGGAUUCAGUGUGAGCUCUCUGACAGGUCAGGUUCUGGACGAGGACUCGGUCAACAGAACUGCGCUGCUCUUCCUGGAGAGACAAGAGAACAGGGCGUUCGAGGACGUGCAGGUGUUGUGGCGGGCCACGUUCAGCAAGGCCGGUCCGACCCUGGUCAACAACGGGCUGAACCUGACCAGGGAGCUGGUCCAGACCACAGGCUCGGCCCUGUGUAAGAGGGGCCAGGUCGUCUGUGCGUUCCACAUGGAAAUCAGGGACGACCAGGAGCCCGAGGAGCGAGCGUGGUUCCUGGUGGAGAUCUUCCAGGUGGGCGCCGGGGCGUCCAUCAACCAGAGCGCCCGCUUCGCCAACGUGACCCUGCUGGAGAGCGACGACCCCAGGGGGCUGGUGUACUUUGCGGUGGGCUCCAGGCUGGCGGUGGGCCACACGAGGACCCCCAGACUCAGCCUGCAGGUGUACAGAGAGGCCAGCGCUGCCUCCGCCAUCACCGUACGCUACCGAACGCUGGAGCUCCCCAGGGCCGAGGCGGUGGGCGCGUCCCUGAUCUGGCCCGCCGUGGCUGGGAUGGACUUCCUCCGAGCCCGGGGCGAGCUCACGUUCCAGCCGGGCCAGAGGAGCGCGGGCCUGGACGUGGCCCUCACCCCCGAGCAGGCCUCCUCCAACCCCACGCCCAAGCGCUUCCAGGUGGAGCUGUACGAGGCCAGCGGUGGGGCCAGGGUGCACCCCGCCUUCGGGCUGGCCAACGUGACCCUGGUGGCGGACGCGGAGACCCAGGCGGUGUGGGCCCUGCUGGACCAGCUCCAGCAGCCUCUGGACGCAGCCAUACUGGACCGGGCCCUGGAAGGACUGCUCAACAAGGUCACCACCCCGGUCACCCCGGAGCAGAUUACCGGCGUGCUGGAAGGCCUGGGGAAGGUGCUUGCCGAGGGCGAGAGGACCUCCCUGGCGGACAGCAGCCGGAGUUUGACCUACGACCUCUUGUGUGCCAUGGCCAACCCCGCGCGCGUCGACACCAGGGGGGUCAGUCACCUGGCGCAGGUGGCGGAACGCUUCGCUUUCUCCCUCGUCACCCACAGCGAGUGUGGGGCACAGGGUCAGAGGGGGAAAACCAUCCUAGAUACCUGUCCCUACAUGGGUAUCACUGCCCACUACUGGUACCCCACACAAAUCAAUGGGCACACCUUCACCGGCAGGAACGCAGACACGUUCAGGCUCCCAGAGACCCUGCUGGAGGUCCCAGCCCCCACCGCAGGCCCCUUAACCCCCUCCGCCUGCCACCAACUGCAGCUGACGGAAUUCGCCAGCGAACACUGGUUCCUCACCAACGACAAGACCACCGCCCUCAACGGGAAGGUGUUCUCCGCCAGCAUCCAGGGUCGAGGGUCGCGACCCCUAGCUGACGGGAGCGAGGUGGUGUACCGUAUCCAUACUCCCGGCCCCCGCGUCAAACCAGGCCAGUCCCUGUGUCUCCUCUGGAACCAGGCAGCUGAGAGCUGGCUGUCGGACGGACAGUUCUGCAGGGUGGCGGAGGAGGGCGGGGCCUACGUGGAGUGCGCCUGUUCCCACCUGUCCGUCUACACCGCCCGAGCAGAGAUGGCUUCCCUCGCCUCCUACAACGAGGCCUUCUACGCCUCAGGCUUCAUCUGUGUCUCGGGGUUUGUCCUGGCAAUCGUAUCGCACCUCCUGUGCUCCCGCUUCCCCAUGUUUGCUGCCAAACUGCUCACCCACAUGAUGGUGGGGUGCCUGGGGACACAGCAGGAUGAAUAUGAUAUUGCAGGGACGGGGUUGCUGGGUAUGCUAAUGACCAGGGCCUGGCAGCGAGGACGAUUCGAACACCGGGGCUCUUCGUUGCUAUGGUUCUACAGUGCUGUAUCCCUCCGCUCAAUGUCCUGGACUUCAGUCCCAUUCGCUCCAGGAAGAUUGGUGUUUGUGUUUGUUCACUUCAUAUUCAUUCUCCCCUGUGUGCUGUGUCUUCCAGAGGUGCCCAUGGUGAUCUACCUGUUCCUCCUGGUGUCCCUAGUGUGGCUGUGGGCGGGCCUACACAUGGGCUACAGACGCCUGUGGAUGCUCAUCCUCUACGUGAUCUUCAACUGCCUGCUGGGUCUGUACGUGUUUGCGGUCUACUUUCUGAUGCACAACCAGCUGUGCUGGCCGUCCAAGGCCAGCUACACGGUGGAGAUGAACGGGCACGGCGGGCCGGACGCCACCUGCCAGGGCGGGGCUGCCACGGUGGGCGGGGAGAUCAGCAAGUCCACCCAGAACCUCAUCAGCGCCAUGGAGGAGGUGUCCGCGGACUGGGAGCGUGCGUCCCUGCAUGCGGGCAGCCAGCCCAGCAGCGUGUACAAGGCCAGCCCCCAGACCCAGGGCUUCCCCACGGACGCCGGCUUCAUCAACACCACCCUCGCGGCCGAUGAAGAGUCGCAGGAGUUCGAUGACCUCAUAUUUGCCUUAAAGACGGGUUCAGGCCUUAACAUGAGCGACAACGAGUCCCUACACGGGAGUCCCGACGGCGGCAGCAUGGCCAACUCCCAGAUAGUGGAGCUGCGUCGCAUCCCCAUCGCCGACACACACCUUUAAACCACCAUCUUGCUUUUUUUUUUAUAUAUCGGAGAGAGAAAAAAAACACAACAGUAUUUUUAUACUUCCACUGCCUUUGCACUAAAACAUUGUUGUUGUCUUUUUUUUUAUAUAGUUUUCUGUUUUAGUUGGGUGAUGUCUUGAAAGACUGUGAUGUUUUUUUAUGUCUGUUUUUAUAUAUAUGUAUAUGGAUAUAUAAAUGUUUUACUAAAUUAAUUUCUUAAAAGUCCUUGAUGAAGUUUUUGAAGCGGAUGUCUCUCGGGAUGUAAAUGUUUUUGUAUAGUUUUUAGUAAACGAGCGGCCUUAAACCCCUCGGCAACGGUUUGUGUAACAAUGUUAAUAAAUAAUUCAACAUC